AUGAUUUUAAACAAAUUUGCAAUCAUAGUGUUUGCUUUUAUCACUUUAAUAAUCAAAAUAACCUUCUGUUAACCAGUUCAAAGAAAUCCAGGAGCUGGUGGAGUUUCCUUAUUUUUUAGUUUACCAUUAACAAUAAGCAUUCCACCAAGUACUCCUUAUAUGACAUUUGUGUUUGAUAAUACGCUUGGAUUAAGUUUUACUAGUAUUUAAUCAGUAGGAUUUGGUGCAAUUGGUUCUCAAGGCGUAUGUUAGUCUACAAAUAGCGCAAUUAUUUCUACAGCUACGCUUGCUUAAAAUAAAAUUUCAAUUUAAUACCCAUUCACCUUACUGAGUGCUUCAAGCUAGAUAUAAUGCAAUGGCGUUUCUUAUAACCCGAAAUGGAUGAAUGUCCAAUUAAUUGGUACUUUUGAAUAUGGAGGAACAAUUAACAUAAAUGCAUAUUAUGAUACUUAAAGAAACGGAAUAUCUAAUCAAUUUGGAAGUGCAGCACAACUAGAUGUAUUGCCUGACUAAAUUACAGAUUCAAGUAUUAAUUUUAGUCUCUCAGCUACUCCUUCAUAGGUUAUAUCUUAACUUGGAUAAUAUACUUUGUUAAUCACAACACCUCUUCUCGCUGCUUAAAUAAAUUAAAUCGUUUUACUUCUUCCUAUGUAUUGGUAUCCUGAUACUGCUCUACCUUCAGGUUGUUAAUAAACUUCAACACCAGUAUCUACAAGUUUCUCAUCUACGUUGUUAUAAAAUUUAUCAGCGUCAGUCACUACAAAUAUUGCAACUAGUUUGUAUAGUGUAACAUUAAGUUUCUAAUAGAUUAGCCUUGGGGGUUAAGCUGUUGAUUUAACUUUUUAAAUGACCAAUCCUUUUACCAGUGCAAAUAUUGUGCUUGAAGGCUAAUUCUUGUAAGUUUAAGCCUCUUUUAACUAUUACACUGCUUCUUCAACACCACUUACAGCAUUUCAAACAAGUUUUACAAGUACUAAUAUUAAUGCCUAACCCACACAAUUUUCAAAUUGUAAUAACAAUGGAGCAGCUUAAAUAUUGUGCUCUUCUACAAGCUCUGGAACUUAUACUAAUUCAGCUUGCUUAUCUGGAUAAACAAUGUUUGUAAAAAUCAUAAUUUAUCCAGUAUUUUUUCAAGAUAUAUACUCCUCUGUAUAGUUUACGUUAUCUAAUAUUCCGCCAAAUCAAUCACCAAUUACUGGCAUAACUAUGUAAAUAAUAAAUUCAUCUCCUUCAACUACUGAUGUUGGACUAACAAUAACCUCAUCAGUAAGUAUCAAUAACUAAAUAAUACUAUUUCCUCAAUACUUAACUGGAGCUUACACAUAUCUCAGUUAUCCUUUUAUUUGCAUGGCUAACCCAUAUACAUAGUAUUUAUCAGUAACAAUACCUAACUUUUAACUUCCUUACGACAUAGAUGGACUUUUAAUGUCUGCAUAAUUCUAUGUUCAACCUUUUUUGCCUGCAUAAUCGUAUAGUUAAGCAUAUUAAAGGGACACAUCAUCUGCAAGUAUCUUGAAUGCUUCAUGUGGUAACACUCAAUUGUAAAUAAACAAAAAUUUUUUUAGCUCUGCUCAAGUGAUAACUGCAAACCCUAGUGACUUGCAAGUAGGUGCUACAUAAGCAACACAUAUAGUUAAAAUAAUUAGCAAAUAUACAUUUGUUUCUUCCGUAGGAAAAAUUUAGCUUACCCUUCCACCAACUUUAUCAAUAAACCCAUCUGGAACUUUUUCCUGCACUGCCAAGCUACUUCUUCCUGAUUAAUCACUUGUUUCUAUUACUGUAACUUCCUGUACUUACACAGGUUCUCCUGUUAUUAUCACUUUAUCUUAUUCAUAUGGAGGAACAUUAUAAGCAACUGGCUUUGUUUUUACUUUUAAUUAGGUCAUCAACCCUACAUAAAUACAGUAUUCAGGAAACUUUCAAGCCUCUACUUUUCUGAGAAACGGAUCUGUUUCAGACGCUAAUGAUCCUUCUUAAACUAAUUUUGGAUUUUACACUCAGCCUGCUCCUUUUUCAACAGCAAAUUUAGUUAAUAAUGGUAUUGGAACAAAGUUGGUUUACACAUUUUCACCAUAUACACUUACACUUGCUUCUCCAGUAACUAUGUUGGCUGGAGAUUAAAUUCUUGUAAACUUCCCAAGCUAUAUUUCUGAAAUAAAUAGUAUUUCAAUUACAACACCUUCAUCUAGUUUAAGUGCUACUUCUUCAAAUAAUUAAGUCCCACUGGUAUUGUCUGUUUCUUAAAAUAUCCCAGCAAGCACCUCUAUUAUAAUUUAGUUUACAAUAAGGAAUCCACCAGUUUCUAACUUAGAUUAUACUUUUACUAUUGUUGCUUAGAAGGCUACUCCCACUAUUUAUUUGUAGAGCAAUAUUAAUUAUGGUAGCGCUGACUCUAUCACUCCAACAGGUUUCUCUUCAUUCAUCGUAUCUUCAAGUAGUCCAUAAAAUUUGGCAAAUGCUGUUUAUUCAGUUUCUUUUACUCCAAAUGUGCUGCUUUAAAACCCUUCUACUAUGAUUUUAACUUUUAUUGCUCCAACUACUACUCAUAAUUUUCUGACAACAGGAUCAACUACUUGCUCAGCUGUAACAAACUCGCUUAUCAUAAGUUGUACUCCUAACUCACCAUCAACUAACUAAUUAACAAUCACCUUAAAUAGUAUGAUUUCUCCAGCAGCAAGCUACCAGUUUACCAUUCAAAAUGUUUUAAAUUAUAUGAGUUUAGCUCCAUUUAUAAUUAAAGGAGAUAUUGGAUAUUCUUAGAACUAGGUAGGAAAUGAGUCAACUUCAACUAUUUCCAAUACACAAAUAUUAAGUCUUUCAGCAGUAACAUUAUCAAUUUAAAACUAUAUUCUUGGUAUUUAAAGCUAAUAUCAAUUCUCUAUCAAUAAUGUGUCUCCUUUUCCUGCAUUAGGAAAUAUGAUUAUAACUACAACUAAUUUAGUGGCAUUUAUCGUACCUUCUACUGUUAGCGUAAAUUUAUCUGCAUGCCCAGGAACUUCUACAGCAUCUCAAUUAAAUUUAUCUUGCUACCCUAAUUAAGACUCCUCUACUAUAACGAUUUAAGCUGUAAACAAUCCUACCUAAUUAAUUUAAUAAUCAACUACUCCAUUCGUUAUAACUCUCAACGAAAUAGUAGGUGGAAAUUCUUAUGCAAUUAAGUCAUAUACUUCCAGUAACCUUGUUUAUACAAAUUAAUGCAAUAUAUCCUCCUUUUGUAAAACUUGCUAGAAUAGUAACUAAUCAAUAUGUUAAAGCUGCUAUUCAACAAAUAGCAUAACUUAUUAAUCCUCAACAGUUUAUGUUUAAGAAACAAUUUUGAAUCAAGCAACUUCAUUUUAAAGUUGUGUAGCAUCUUGCCCGUAGCAAUCUUAUCAAACAUCAUAAGCUGGAUAAGCAGUUUGUUUAUAAUGUGAUUUAUCAUGUGCUACAUGUAUAAAUUCAUCUACUAAUUGCACCUCCUGCUCAGGUAACCUUUAUUUAGACACAACUACUAAUACUUGUAACACAACAUGUCCUGCUAAAUAUUUCAAAUCAUCAAAUAAUCAGUGCUAACUAUGUUCGUCUGUAGGAAAUUGCUUAACUUGUACUUCUGCUAAUGUGUGCACAUCUUGUGAUAUUACACUGUACUUGUAGAAUACUCAGUGUGUAACUUAAUGUGACAGUUAAUAUUAUGUAGGAAAUGGAGGGAGAUAAUGUAUGCCUUGUCCUACUGGAUGCAAUACUUGUACUUCUGCCUUAAAUUGUACCUCGUGUUCUGUAGGAUACAUUUAAUUUUAAACCACUUGUGUUUAAAGUUGUCCUUAAGGAUAUUCAAAGCUUAUUUAAAAUGGAGUAUAUGUUUGUGGAGUUUGUGACCCUAAAUGUAAAACUUGUGAUACUCUAAGCACAACUUGCACAUCAUGUUAUGACUAUACUUAUUUGUAUAACUAAACUUGUGUUACAUAAUCUUAAAUUCCUGAAGGUUAUUAUGGAGAUAAUACAACAUGGACAGUUUAACCUUGUAUGACUUAUUGUAUUUCAUGCUCUUUUAAAGCACUAUGCAAUACAUGUGCAUCUCAAGCUGUUAUCUAUUAAGGUAUUUGCUAUGCUAGUUGUCCUAGUAAUGUUCCUGUACCAGAUGGAGCAGGUGGCUGUAAAGAGGCAAUCAUACCUACUGCUAUUUCUGAUAAUAACACUAAGAUUGUUCCCUUUCCUAUGCUUUUAUCUUGCAUAGCAUUCUGUAUAUCUGUAUAUUUCUCUAAAUAUGAAAAACCACAAACAUUCGUACCAGGUUGUAUUGUAGGAUUUUGUGCACUAUUUGAAUGGAUUUCUUGGAUAAUUCUGAUAGGGAUUAGCUUUUCUAAUGAUGGAGCUACCUCAAUAACUACAAUUACUGCUGUAAUAGGAUUUGUACUAAUUUAUCUGAUUAACUUUGUCUAUUUCAUGCUUUACAAAAAAAAUAUAUCUCCAGAUCCUUCAUUUAUGGAAUGGUAACUAUAGCAUAAGAAUAGAAUAUGCAAAAAUGUUUCUAUUUUUUUCUCUUGCGUUAUUUCCUUCAAAAUAUAAAAGAUUAUAUUCUGUAAGUAUUUUAACUAAAUUUUCUUCAAGGCCAAGCUUAAAGAUAUUGAUCUGCUUACUCCUUUCAACAAAAUGUCUAUUUUUAGUAUUAUAUUUAAUAGUUUCUUGAUUAUUUUUAGUGCUUCGGUAUUUAGUUAUAGGCAUUAAAACUCUACUUAAAUUUACAUUUUAAGUUUAGAUACACUUUUAGUGACAAUUUUUAUGAUUAUUUUCAUGAUUUGGGAAGCCUUAAAAAACGAAGCAUUCUUUGAUGAAAAUUAUAAUUUAAAAUUUGAUUAAAUGAGCUACUUUACUCAAAGAUUUUUUCCCUUUGACUAAUCUUACAUGGAAAGGGCUAAGUAGAGAUCUGUUUAUGGGCAUCUAAAAAAUUCUGAGUCUAACUCAAGCUUGAUAGACUUUGGUAAGGAAAAUAAAGUAACUAAAGUAGAAUAAUUGUAGCAGCCUUAAAGUUAGAUAAUGGAUCCAAAUGAUAUUUCAACAAAUGCUGCUUUAGAUAGAAAUGUUAUAAACAAUUCAAAUUAUGGAGCUCCUUACCUCAUUCAAGAUGAAAUUUCUGAGUCAUCUAAACCAGGAAAAAAGAGAUAAUUUGAAAAAAGACACAUUGCUCCUGUAUUCGAUAAUAAAAAUUUUCCACCUAUCCAAGAAAAUUCUUUAGAAGAUGAAGAUGAAGAUUUUUAUGAAGAAGAUAUUUAGAAUUAAUCUAUGAAAAAAAUGGUUGGGGUCUAAAAUAGUAGGUAAGGUUUAGUAAAUCCAAAUGGUUUUGCCAGAAAUAAAUUUAUUUCACUUGAUGAUUAGUAAGAUUUAGAGAAUUAAAGAAAUAAUCAUUUAAAUAAUUCAACUGGAUUGAGAAAUAAUUAAACUAAUUCUUUUAAUAAAAACAAUUGUAACGAAGAAAUCACUUCAUAGUAUAAUUAAGCUGAUAAAAUAUACUAAAACCCAUAAUAACAAUAAGGAUAAAAGAUUAAUAAAGGAAGUACUGGAGUUCACUUGUAAGAAGAUGAAAUUUAUUAUGAAGAGCAAGAAAAUUAGAAAUAAUUUUCUAAGUAAUAAAAUGUUGAAAAAUUAUAAGAAAAAACUGCUAUGAUUGCAGUUUCUUCAAUGAUUUGUGGAGCAGCAACAUCAAAGGAUACUAAAGUUGAUGUUGAUAAAAAUGAAAAUAUAACAAAGUAAGUAAAUUUAUAAAAAAAUCUUAACCAUAAAGUGGAAAUAAGUUAAAAACAGGUUCACUUAUAAUCAAAUAUUGAUAAUCUUAAAGAAGAUAAUUCUUAAAUUCCUGAAAUUUCUCAAGCUAAAGGAGUAGUAACAGAGACUGGUAUUACUGAAAAUGAAAAAAUUAAAAAUGAAAAGUAAAAGAGUAAUUAAAAUGAGAACAAUAUUGAUAAAUAAAGCAAUAUAAGUAAAAGAAAUCUAAAUAUUAUUAAAAAUGAGAAUGAAAGUAAUAUUUGUCAAGAAAUUAAUAAAAUUAAUGAAAUGGGAAAUAAGUAAGAUAGUAUAAAUAAUUAAGAUAAAAAUAUAAAUGAUAAGGAACAUAAUUUAACUGAUAGAAAUUCUAUCGUUAAAGAGGAAGAAAAUAAGUUUAAUUUAAGUAAAAAUGUUAUCAAUCCUAGUAAUAAAAAGGCUGAUGGAAAUGAAAAUUUAUUUUAUUUUAAUAAUCCUCUGAACAGUUAAAAUGAAAAAAACUAAAAUAGCUCAAAAUUAAAUAAAGAAAAAAAUAAAAAUAUAAAAAUGAAUUAAUAAAGAGAUGCCUUUGAUGAAAAUUUAUCAAAAAAGAAUAAAUAGGGUAAAAACAGUAAAAUGAUUACUCCUAUUUAAAGCUAGCUAGAAAAGAAUAACAACUAAGAAAUCUAAAAAGCAAAUCAGAAUGGUAUUUCAGAUUUUAAUGGAGCAAAUUAGAAUUAAAAAACAACUGAAUCAAAGUCUAAGUAAGCAAAUGAUAUUUAAAAUGCUGAAGAAAAUAAGGUUGAGAGAAUAAUGCCAAUAGUAGAGGAUCUUGAUGAAGAUUUGUCUAAACAGGAUAAAAACCUUAAUGAAAUUGAGAAAAAAUAGAAAAUAAUUACUUCUCACUAUAACUUGGAUGGGAAUACUUUGAAAAAAUAAGCUCCAUAAAAGAACAAUUUAUUAGGUAUUUCUGAUAGUGAUGAAAAAUUUAAUUAAAAUUUAAAUAAUAUAAAUGAACAAGCUCAAUAGAAAAAUAAUAUCUAUGAUUCUGAUGAAAGUUUGCACUCAGUAAGCGAAGCUGAUGCCAAUUUUAAUGAAAUUAGUCCCUCGGACUUUAAUAUUCUUAAUUAAAGGUACGAAGAAGAUUUUAAUUUACGAGGUCCUUAACUAGCAUCAUAGGUACAGUUAAACUAAUAAAGCCUUAGAUAUCUGAAUAGAAAUAUUACAAGCAAUCAAAGCGAAGAUAUAGAAAAUACUAAAAUUAUUUCUAGUAUAACAUAAAAUGAAUAAGGAUUACAUGCAUUACAGCAAAGCAAUCGAAAUACUUCUUUAAAUAUCUUAAGUGCCUAAAAUUUUCAAAAUGAAUUUAAAAUGCCAUAAAAUGAGUAAAAAUAGGGUAGAAUUGUUAAUGGUUCUCUCUUUUAAGAUGCAAACUCUGUCUCUAUUAAUAUAAAACAAAACAGGUAGCCUCAUCAAUAAGGAAAAUUAAAUAAUUAAAAUUUAACUAAUGAGAAUAAAAACGAAAAUAGUAAUUCUAUAUUGCCUAACCCUAAUAUGAAUAGUAAUAAAGUAGAUUAAAUGUUGGUUGAAAAUCUUGAUAAUUUCAACAAAACAUUCAACUCGGCUACCACGCCUUAAGCAUAAUAUUAGAGAAAUUUUAAUUUAAGCUUUAAUAACUAAGAUCCUCAAAUGAGUUAAACAUAAAUGUAUAGAGGAAAUAUGAGCAGUAGAUCUAAAGGUAAUUAUUCACCUUCUAGUCAGAAUAUAACUUAUAAAGUUCCAGCUACUGAUCUUUAAAAACUUAAAAGCUUAGAAUAAAUAUAUCUUCAAAGAAUAGAAGCUAAUUCAAAAACUAGUUAAGCCUCUAGAAAAAAUAUAUUGAAAAAUAAAAAGAAAAAAAUUUAGAGAGAAAUUUCUUAAGAUCCUAAUUUUAAACAAGAUUCAAUAAAAUAAAUGAAAUCUCCAAAUAGAGUGUCUGAAAUUUAUUUUGGUGAGAGAGUUUAGAAUAUAGAACCUUAUGUAUUUAAUCAAAAUGGUGAAGAUGGAAUGGACUUUGAAGAAGAUUUUGAGCCAGAAAAUUUAAAUUUUGAAUCAAACUUUUGA